AUGCACGCCCUCACUCUUGCUCUAUUCAUUGCACCGGCCGUCAUGGCCGCGACGCCACGAGCGCGUUCUGGGUUGCCGAAGAGUUUCGCCCAAUCCAAGCUCCUCAAUGUCUUGGCAACUUGCGAUGUAGGUCGCGUCCAGUGCGAGAAUGGAUUCAUGCCUAUCGAUGGUGUCUGCUGCAACGACAACAGCGACGAGUACUGCCGCAGUGGCUACUACUGUAUUCCUAAUGCCUGUUGCCCUGAAGGGGAAAUAUGCAGCGGAUCCAGCGAUGACGAAGCCUCAUGUGAUAUCGAUGAGACCGAGUGUGACGACUUAUGCAUGCCCUUAACUGGGACAUGCUGCGCCGACGGACUCCAUUAUUGUCCCGACUUCGGCACAUGUAUGGAUGGGGGGUUCUGCUGUGAUGUUGGCGAUGAUUGCGACGACGAUGGCAGCAGCUUCCCGGGCUUUAGCAGCAGUUCUACGACGGAUGAUGACUUUACUUCCACCACUCGUCGUACAACAACAGCAACGGCAACCUCUACCAUCCAUCACGAAAGCUCAUCCAGCACAAGUAGCGAGACUAGUAGCGAGACCACUAGUGAGACCAGUAGCAAGAAGACUUCGAGCAGCUCAACUACUACUAUAGACUCGACCAGUCAAGCGCCUGUCACCCCUGCUCCUACUGCCGUAGUCACUACAACCGUAUCGCAGCAGGCGGGCGGCAUCUUCACAGCCGAUGGGAAAAUCGCCGCCGGUCUUGCCGUUGUUGCCGCGUUGUUGGUUUAA